AUGCCUCGCUUGAGGGCGUCUCGCCUCACCUUCUGCCUCGCCCUCGUCGUCCUCAUCACCUAUCUCUACUUCUACAUUUCCAACAACAACCAAGGUGAAGACCUGGAAUCCAUUGGUCACGAUGGGAUCCCUAGACGGCAUUCUUCAUCUCUGCUCAAUAAGGGUAGGUCUCCGCACCGAUCACUGGCCAACUGGUGGUCUCAGUCGAUAGAGACUGAGCCAGUUCAAGUUCUUGAAUUCACAGGCGAUGGGCUCGUAAAGGGGUGGGAUAGUACCUACGAGCGUUUACAGCAAGGCGAUCUCACGAGAGCCGAGAAGAAGCAGCUUCAGCAGGCUAUGGAGGUGCAUCCCAUUCUGGAGCUCAUGGCUAGAAGUCAAGAGAAGUGGGAGACUCUGUUAGCAUCCCAAUCGAAGACGUUUCCUCAAGCUGUGACAGAAUACACGCGGCGGUAUGGACGACAGCCCCCUCGUGGCUUUGACCAAUGGUGGCAGUAUUGCAAGCGCAACAAGGUCAAGAUCGUCGACGAUUAUGACCAGAUCAACCGGGACAUCGAGCCAUACUUUGCCCUCUCCCCGGAGAUGUUUAGGAAGCGUGUAGACGAUUUGACAAAGACAGAACAUACAUCUCACAUCACGUUAUCACCCACAACUGCGUCCUCUCUCUAUGGAGAGCGAGCGCACUCUUCCAGAGCCCGCUGGCUGUUCGAACUCCUCGAGCCCAUCGCCCAAUACCUUCCGGGCGAGGUUACUUUGUCCUUGUCGGACCAUGACCUCGGGUCUUGGCUUCUGGGUGAUGACCAAAAGCAGGCAGCGCUGGAGGCGAUCGAGGAGGGGAGAUACUUGACGGAGGAGGAGAUCAAGGGGUUUGAGAAGAAAGACGGGAGAGUGUCGGUCAAGGGCACAGUGUCUGCUUGUCCUCCGGGAUCUCCUGGGUGGCAGCGUGGUGUGGCUAAGCGCGAGGGGCGUGAAAUUGAGCGUCCCAACAAGGAAACCUCCUUCAUUCACGAUCCCCUGCUCACUUACGAUUUCUGCUACAACACCGACCUUCUCGACGACCACGGUGCCCUCUCUUGGGACUUUGUCCGAGACACCACCCUCCGACCGAUCUUUCAACUCUCCAAGAACGCCCGCAAUCCCGAGUUCCUUACCACCCCGCUCGAAGCAUACGAAAACUUCACAGACCCUAUUGCCCAGAAGAAGUACUCGCCAUGGGAAGAGAAGACCAUCAACAAGCUUUUCUGGCGAGGCAGUUCGACCGGUGACUCCUACUCGAAACGUCCCGAUGGCCACACCUGGAGACAAUCCCACCGACCUCGGUUGGCGCUCAUGACGCAGGAAACCGAGGGCGUGAAAGAUGUCUGGGUACAGAAAGGCAAGAUAUGGGAGAAGGAGAGCUGGAGCGUCGCCAAGUUAAAUGAGGCGUACAUGGAUGUUGGGCUCACGGGCCAAGCACAUCAGUGUAAGAAGGAGGACGGGACGUGUGACGAGAUGAAUCAGGUGAUCGAGUUUAAGGCUCGUGUGCUUCCUGAAGACUCUGCCAAGUACAAAUUCCAAUACGAUAUCGACGGUAACGGCUGGUCAUCUCGAUUCCACCGUCUCAUCAUGUCUGGCUCUGUCGUCGUCAAGUCCACCAUCUAUCCCGAGUGGUUCUCUGACUGGCUCACGCCUUGGGUCCACUAUGUCCCGAGUAAAGUCGACAACUCGGAUCUGUACGAUAUCAUGGUCUUUUUCGUCGGUACUCCCGACGGCAGUUCGCCAGGACACGACGAUCUCGCCAGGUCGAUUGCGGAGCAGGCGAGAAAGUUUGGGGAGGAGCACUGGAGAUGGGAGGACAUGCAGGCGUACAUGUUUAGGCUCAUGCUCGAAUAUUCGAGAUUAUCAGCCGAAGACCGGGAGGACUGGAGUUAUCAGAAGAGGUACGACUAG